AUGCACGGCCUCGUCUUUGAAAUCUUUGAGCAGUUCAUCAUCGAGAAGCAUGGCUUAACAGCUUGGCAUGCCAUCAAAAAGGCAGCUGAUUGCGAUGUGGAAGAUCAAUCCUUUGUCACGCGAACAUUCUACAUGUACGACACUUGGGUCAGCCUCGUCACUGCGGCAGCGGAAGAACUUCAGUCGUCAUUCGAGGCAAUAUUGGAGACCUAUGGGGAAUAUAACAUUCGGUAUCACUUUCAGAAUGGCUAUGAUGCUUUGUUGAGAUGUCAAGGCACCACUCUUCGUCAAUGGUUGUCCAACCUGAAUGCCAUGCACGAUCACAUUCAAAAGAGCUUUCCCGGUGAGAACUUUUGUCCGCCAGUGUUUUGGUGCGAAGAUUCCGACAAGGUGGAGGGAUGCAUCUUGCUCCACUACUACAGCCAACGUGGUAACCUACUUGUGCCAUGGGUUGUCGGGAUUGUCACAGAGUUGGCUUCCUACCAUUUUCAAGUCGAGAUCACUAUGAAGCGACUAUCACUACAAGACGAAGAAGGGGCAUCCUUCACUACAUGGAGAAUAUCUGCGGUCGAUGAGACGCAAAAUUGGAAGCUGUCUCCCAACGUUCACGGCACAAACAAGUUGGAAGGAGAGUCCGGUGCCGUGGACUUUACUGGUAUUCCGACUCCUGGAAAGUGUCCAUUUUCAGGACGAAAACUAAAGGGGGCAUCAUCCCCGACGCCAUCCGAGAAGAAAAAGUGCCCAGUGGAUCACAAUCGUUCUAUUGCGUCCCUCACUUCUCAUCAUUCGGAGGGUGAUGAAGAGAUUGGAUUAACCGAAACCAAAAUGAAGGAUAUCUUCCCAUUCCAUGUUCUUGUGGACCAAGAGUUCCGCAUCUCACAAGUUGGAGUCAAACUUCCGAAACUCUUGGGAUUCAAGGCCAAAGACUUUGUGGGUCACCACAUCAAGGAAUUUCUUCACAUCACCAAACCUGUCUUGGCGACUUCUUGGGACUGGCAGUCGUUGAACAAGCUCUCGGAUCAGAAUUUCUUCUUGACUCCAACUCCAAACAAGGCCAAGGCUACCGGUACUGAAAAGGAGGGACCUCGCAAGGUCACAAUGUCCAAUUUGGAUAGUGCCAUGAAGUUCAAGGCAUCCAUGGUGCAAGUUACAAAUCAUAAAGUCAUGUUCAAUCUAAGUCCCGAAGCCCGGAACGUCACGGAUCUCAACAAUAUGGGUUUGACUCUUUCCGAUCUGCCAUUGCAGAGCUGUCAGCGAGAUGCUGUCUUCUUGGGAGAAUACGUCGCACAAGAGGCCGACAAGGCUCAUAAGCUCGACAAACUCAGUCGCAAGUUGGCCGUGGAAAAGAAGCUGUCCAACACACUACUGCAUAGCAUUAUUCCACACCAAGUGGCCGAAGACUUGCGAAUGGGCAAAACCGUGGAACCGACACUUCACAAAAAUGUAACUCUCUUCUUCUCGGAUGUUGUAGGAUUCACCAGCAUUUGUGAUCAAGUCGAGCCAUGGGAUGUCAUUGACAUGAUGAAUCAACUGUAUUCUGUCAUGGACUUUCUCGCCAGUCACUUUGAUCUAUACAAAGUUGAGACGGUUGGAGAUUCCUACAUGUGCGCUUCGGGAUUGCCAGAUCCUGAUGAGUUGCAUGCGGAGAAGAUUGCCAAUUUUGCCUUGGCAGUAGUGGAGUGCGUGAAACACGUCAAGUCUCCACUCGAUGGAUCGCCUAUCCAGCUUCGAAUUGGAAUUCAUAGCGGAAGCUGUACUUCAGGUGUGAUUGGGACUCUGACCCCGCACUACGCUUUGUUUGGUGACAUGGUGAAUGUCGCAUCAAGACAUGAGUCGACUGGUGUAGCAGGAAAGAUCCAUUGCUCGUGCUAUCUCUUUGGCCUCUUGAAGCACUAUUCCACAAGUGAUACCUACCAGUUCAAAGCCAGAGGUCUGGUCGACAUGAAGGGCAAGGGUGAGCACUACACCUAUUGGCUUGAACGUGCUACUGAAAACAACGAAUGGGCAAGCCAAGAGGCACUUGAAGAACUUUCCGGUAAAGUGGAAGAAAUGAUUGCUUCCAAGACAUGGAAAAUGAGAAAAUACUUCCGCAAGGGCCACUUGAUUCAAGAUGCUACUUCUGUUAACGGCCUUUCGUCGGCAACAGGAAGUUCGGGUCUUGGUACGGAAGACAGCCAUAGUCGCAGUGACGGCUCAUCUCGUGGAACACUCGAAAGCGGGCAAGCAGAUGAUCUUUCCAUCAACAGCAACGACAGCGACCUUGAAAAUGAUAUCGAAGACGAUGAGCAAAGUGGCCCAAUCAUUGAAUUCACGGAGGAGCAACUCCUACAUUUUGGAAAAGACUGGGAGGAACUCAAAUGGGAGCAUGGACUGACCCAAUUGGGUCUAGCAAACAAGAUUGCAGACGUUAUUAUUUCCUGCUUGAAGUCUUGUAUUCACAAGAAGGGGGCGAGAAUGAAGAUUGUCGAAGACCAGCUUCGUCAGUACGUUGUUCGGAUUGCUGACAUGUAUCAUGCAAAGAAUCCCUACCACAACUUUCAUCAAGCUGCCCAAGUCUUUCUUCGUGCUGUCUUCCUUUGGGAAAGUCUAAGCCGUGAUGAAGACAACCGUCCGAGAUAUGGCCUCGGUUACGAUCCUUGGGAUCGCUUUGUACUUCUUUUCAGUGCUCUUGUGCACAAUAUUGAUUGCGAUGGUGUCUCAAACUCGCAACUGGAAACUGAAAACGAUCUUGUGUUUCAGCUAUACAAGGGAAAGAAGUCGUACCAGCAAAGAAAAUCCUUCGCGACUGCACUUGAAGUACUCGAAGAAGACUUUGGGGAUCUACACGAGGAGAUUGCGUUCGGAAACCCCACGUUCAGGAGCUCCGUUCGGAAAGCAAUACUCUCGACGGACAUUGAAUCAGAAGACAAGUUGCAUGAUCUUUUGCGCAAGUGCGAGGAGCAAAAUACGAAACCAUCCGUCGAUGAGAAGGCAGCAAAAGCAAAGAACGAAUCCAAUGUCUGUCUCCUCCUUGCGAUGGCUGCGUUGGGUCACUACAGCCAAGGAUUCGAUCUCUUCUUGAGUUUCAAUCGUCUUCACUUUCAGGAGCAAACGCAGGCACACAAGCUUGGUAGGGGCGAAGACAAGCGGGGGAGCUGGUACGAUGAACAAGCAGCGUUCUUCAAAGAUUGCAUUCUGCCGCUGGUAAAGCAGGUGCAGCUAGUACUUCCAGAUGUAACUUACCUUGAAGAAGGGGCGACGAUUAAUGUCAAUCUUUGGGAAGAAAGUGGGAAAGAGUGGCUUGCGGCUAGUAUGCUUCCUGGCGCAAAAGUACAGGACUUUUUGGGCGGCCAGAGGUCGGGUGAUCCAAUGGAGGAACUUGUAUCUGCAAAUGUCAAUAUCCUCGAGUCACUUUUGAGAGAAGUCAUGGCAAGCCAUGAUGUGACUCAAGGAACAGGACAUCUUGACCACGAUUCGUCAACGAGGGUUAGCAAUCCGCGUGACGAGAUUCAGCUAGCGAUCCAAAUGAAAAAGUCUCUGACGAAGGGUCUAUCAGCUUCAUCUAAUCCCCAACUAGUCUCAGUCGUGAAAUUGGAGCUAGUCGACUUUGUUGUAACCAUUGCAGCUGGGUACGAAAGCAAUCGGUUCCAUAGCUUCCUACACGCAAGUCAAGUUGCCCAUUUAGCCAAUUUACUGGUCAAGGGUAUCCAUUCCCCUGAAGGGUCCAAAGAUGCCAGCGAUAUUGCAGAUGACCCUCUUGCUCGCUUUGCGAUUGUCUUGUCUGCGUUGGUGCAUGAUGUUGGUCACACUGGAGUCCCUAACAGUCAACUCGCAGAAGAACAGCCGGAACUUGCCAACAAGUACCAAAACAAGAGUAUCGCUGAGCAAAAUUCGAUCGACACAGCUUGGGCGAUUCUCAUGUCCAGCAAGUUCAAGAAUCUCCAGCGCUGUAUAUUCGAGUCGGUCGGCGAACGAGAGCGCUUCCGUCAGCUACUCGUCAACUGCGUCAUGGCGACUGAUAUUUUCGACCAAGAUUUGAGAGCAAUGCGGAAGUCACGUUGGGAUAAGGCUUUCUCGGACGAUGAAGCAUCGUUGGGCUCUGGUGAAGAAGAGGGCGGGCAGUACAAGGCCACGAUUGUCAUUGAACACAUCAUGCAAGCAUCCGAUGUAGCCCAUACCAUGCAAGAGUGGGAGAUCUACCGUCAAUGGAACGAGAGCCUCUUUAGAGAAAUGCACGAUGCGUACACCGAGGGUAGAUCUACAAAGGAUCCAUCUGAUGGUUGGUACGAGGGCGAGCUUUGGUUUUUCGAUAAUUGGGUGAUUCCAUUGGCUCAGAAUCUGAAGGAGUGUGGAGUCUUGGAUAUCGUGAGCGAUCAGUUGGUGAAGCAAGCGAGGAGCAAUCGUGCAAAGUGGGAAUUGGAAGGGGAGGAUAUAGCCAGGGGUCUUCUUCUCAGCAAGCCAAAGCUACAGCGAUGGGGAUCGCAAAUGAGUGGUCAAGGCUCGAUUGCAUCUGCUAGUAGCGCUGGAACAGAAGCUAUACUGACGUCACACUACGUCAGCGAGGUUGAAUCUCUUUCUAGAAUGGUGAAGCGGUACGAACGCAAAAUGGACGCUGCUGUUGGGAACCUAAUUGCAGUAGCUUACAAGGGGCAGAAGAGUGGAAAAGAGCUUCGAAAGCAGAAAUGGUCAGACGUUCACAAGCACUUCAAGCAGCAAGACUGGUAUCGAGUUUUCUCGGAUGAUGAAGACGAAGACCUUGCAAGUAAUGAUGGUAGUGAAGAUAUGGACGUGUCGCUUGGCAGACAAGGAAGGACUGUUCAGUUUUCAGCGGAAGCAUCCAUCUCUGAUCGCGACAGCGUAAUCACCCAUCUUUCCAUAGCUGAAAAGAUCAUGGACGAGGCGAAAACACAAGAUAGCACAUAA